AUGUCUGAAGAGAGGAGUGAUGAUUACAGUAGAAAAACAAUAGUUAAAUCUGUUAUUGAUAAAGAGACCUUAAGGAAUAGAAAAAGAAUAUCAAGAAAUGGCGAAAGUACAGUAACAAAUAGCGUUAUAUAUACAUUAAUAAUGAAAGCAGGGGCAAUUGUUACUUUCAGAAAAAGUAAACGAACAAAACAAACAAUAAAAAUGUUACUACCAGAGACUGUAGUGUUGAACAAUACAACUUAUGAUCAGUCAUCAAUUGCUAAACUUAAUUCACAAUUUAUGAAGGAAACCUUGAGUGAAGAACCUGUUUCUGUUGACAAUAUGAAUAAUAAACAGUAUAAUAGAACUCGUGAAGCUCAAAUUUGUAAUGGAUUAUUAUAUCUUUUAAGAUCUUUAGGAUAUUCAUUUACAAUAAGAAAAACAAAACGUGCAAAAUUAACUGAACAACUAGUUAAAAUUAGUUCGAUUAUUCUUACUUCAGGAGAGACAGUACCUAUGGAACGUUUAAUAGAAAUUGGGAUUUCCUUUCAAAGUGCUGUUGAAAACUUAUUUGGAAGAAACCAAACUGUUUUAAUAAAUAGUAGUAUUCUUUCAAAAUAUUCAAUUCCAUCCCUAGAACAGUGUAUUUCUAAACCGAAUACACCUAGCCAAUAUACCUCAAAAUAG